ACUUAAAACAAUUAACAAUUGAUAUUACAAACGAAUAUAAACAACUUGAAAAAAAGGAUAUUAUACCAGUAGAAAAACAACUUAAAAUUCUAGAAGAAUUAAGAGAACAACGAUAUAAAGAUUACGAAAUUGCUGAAGAAAAACGAAGAUUCUUACGAGACUCAAUUAAAAGAACAAACAAAGAAUUUGAUAAUAUAUAUCUAACUCAACUAAAAACUAUACAAACAACUAACGAUCAACUAGAAAAAGAAUAUCAAGUAUUUGAAUAUCUAGAGAAAGUAAAAGAAGUAUUACAAGAAAUCCCACUAAAACGAAACCAAAUAUUAGAAAUACCAAACGAAAAAAGAAACCAACUA